UCAUCACCAUCAAAAGUUUGUUAUUUUUAUUAACCUUGUGUUGUAUAUUUUUUCUGAAGAGAUCAAGUAGAACAAAUUAUAUGGAUAUUGCCAAAAGAACAGCAAUGGAGUGGAGAAUUGUAUUAGGUGUUCUGUGUCUAAUCGGAAUCCUACUUGUGCCUGGAAAUGCAGCAGCUGAGACAAAUUCAACGGCAACAUCAGCCAACAUCACAGAGUUUUCUCUAAAUUUCUCCAUUAAUGCCACUUUCCAGAGUGCCUUCUCCAACAUGAGUAAUCCUCAAACCAUUAAGCUGAAAGACAUCAUCACCUCUCAGAUUGGGGCAAUCUACACGGCACAUUUCACAAACUUUAAACAAAUGCUCAUUCAGCAAUUCAGGAAUGGCUCCAUUGUUACAAACAGCAUUAUUCAAUUUAACAACAAUGGCACUCGUCCUACUAUCACACAACUGAAAAAUGCCCUUGUUGAUGCAGUUGUAAAUGGAAGUAUUAACUCCAUUAUCUUUAAGGAUUCCAUCAAUGUUACUGAAAUUGUGGCAAACGGAAAUGGCAACGGCACAACUGCAUCUCCGACUACCAGCACAACAACUGCACCUGCUAAAAUGUUUACUGUCAAUUUUAAAAUUCUUCAACUAUUCAAGGAUGUCUACUCCAAUUUGAGCGCUCCAGAAACCAUAGACUUGAUGACCAACAUCACCUCUCAGAUUUCUGUACAUUACAAGAAAAAGUUUGUGAACUACAUUCGUAUGGUUAUUCGUCAAUUCAGGAGUGGCUCCAUUGUGGUAGAUGGAACGUUUGAAUUUGACAAAACUGGCACUAUCCCAACUGUGACAGAUAUAACAUCUACCCUUCGUGAUGCAGUUGCAAAUGGAAAUAUAAGCUUGCAAAUUGAUUCAAAUUCCAUCAUUGUUGCAGAACUCACAGGUGCGGGGUCUCCAGUCUUGGCUGGUAUGCUGACAGCAUUGUGGAUGACCCUUGCAUCACUUCUGUUGUCAGCUGUGAUGCACUUCUAAGCAUCACAUUUGCAUGAGCAAACAAACAAAAUCACACUACUACAUUGAUCCAUCGAAGCAAAUACAAAAUAACUGUAACGUUCCUGUGUUGUCUGCCCUAUGUUCUCUGUUUCACCCAUCACAUUUAUGUCAUGUUUCCGUGUGGUCUGCUCCGUGUUUUCCAUUUCACCCGUCACCGAUCCCGUUCCAUGUCACGUUUUCCCUGUUGUCCACCCUGAGUCUCACUGUCUGUGUAGAAAACUUCAAUUCCCACAAUUCCCGGCCUCCCUACUGCCUGCACUCAUCAUUGUUCUCACCUGUGUCUCGAACACAGGGUGGACAACAGGGAAAACGUGACAUGGAACGGGAUCGGUGACGGGUGAUAUGGAAAACACGGAGCAGACCACACAGAAACAUGACAUAAAUGUGAUGGGUGAAACAGAGAACAUAGGGCAGACAACACAGGAACGUUACAAUAACCAUAUCAUCUUUGAUCUUUUCGUUUGCAUUAAUAAUCAUCAAAUCAUUGAGUAAAACAAGCCAUCUCAAGUCAAGUUAUCGAGUUGUAAAAUGUUUUGUUCUUUCUUGCCAGAGGCAUGUCUGAUUUACUGUAUUAUGGAGUCAGUUUUACAAAAAAGGACAUCCUGUCUGUACUCGUACACUGAGCUGGAGAAAUAAUGAGGAUGGGUUUAUUCAAUUAAACCAAAUCUGAACACUCAUCCAUGCCAUAUGGUACAAAUAAAUAUUAUAUUCAGAAAUGUAUUAGGUUAAAAUUUAGAAGUGGAUUUGUUUUGAUCUUUUAUCUUUACGGAUUUAUUUAAGUCGAGUUGAAUUCAGAAUUGACCCUACCUACAUUCUUAAAGCACAUUUCUGGUCUUAUUGUUAACCAUUCAUCCAUUCAAGCUAUUCAAAACAAAGAAAAUGUUAGUGUUCAAAUUCUUCAUUCAGAAUAUAAUAACUCGCUCUGCCUCAAAACAUUCCUUUACUGCUGAAGUCAUAACGUCAGCAUGGGUGGGGAAAAUAGCCAAAUUGUUUUAACCACACCCCCUCAAACUAACUGUCUGCCACUUGCUGUGAACCCCACAUAAAUCUAGCUUGGAAAACAUAGAGGCCAAACUAUGAAAUCACAUAUUAACCUACGACUACUACUAUUUCUGCCAUAAUUGUAGUAUGGUAGUAAUAUACAUUUUCAAAUUUAGUCAGAGAUGGCGAGGAGGUGAAUUUUCAGCUGUUUGCCUACCAAAACCCUGUCACUAUUCCCAAAUUAAUCUUGUUGUGGGCCUGCUGGUAUAAUCUUUUGCACUUUAAAGGAGGAAUAUUGGUUGUGGAGGAAGGAGGACUAAGGUCAUGACUGAUCCCCUCCAGAAUGCUUCCAAAUUUAAGACAACUGCGGAGGGGUUUGCCGAAUUUUCCCAUGUAUUAAAACGUUUUAGUGAAAAAUAUGUUUUGGUAAAUAUGGCUGUGUAUUGUAUAGUUAGACAAACUAUGUAUUGUUAUGUUUGUUUAUCUAAAUACAUAUGUUUACAAAUAGUGUUUCCUUGUGUUCAAUUAGUGAAAAAUCGAUGGAAUCUUUUACAUUUUUGGAAACUGAAAACCAAAAAAUACACCUUUUUCCUACUCCCUGUGAUGCUUUGCACUAAAUAUGUCCGUUACUUACAUUAGUACACAUGCCCUGUCCCAAUACCCAUUCUUGCGGUUUCGGACUUGCCUACUUACCCACUUGUCUUACGCAAUUCUGGUGUUUGGCCACAGUCACAGUGUGCAAGUAGACGUGAAGACUGCGACUGUGACUUUUGACUGCAUGGUCGGACACUCCUAGACUUAACGAUGUUGGUCCUGGUUGCGACAGCUGUUUUUGUAGUUGCAGUCAAAAGACUAAUUGUUGUUGAUAAGUGUGACUGUUGCAGCCUACUUACAGUGGCAGUAGUUAAUAUAAUUUUUUUUUUAAACAUUUGCUAAAUUGUAGGCCUGUAGGCGACACUGACUGAUAAAUUACCAAAAUACCCAAAAGUAUUAGGCGAGAACAAACAAAAUAAGGUGAUUAGACAAGAAGGAUAACAAAGAGGUACAUAAAUAUACACAUAAAUACAUAUUUAGUAAUUAUGAUGCUGCUGUUAAGUCAUCACAACCAGUUGUGAACGUUAUACUGCUCUUUAUGUUGAAUACUGUAUAUUCAUAUAAAACAAUAACAUAGUUAGUUAGUUAAAGCCCCUGUGCUCGAUUCCGAUCCAUGGUCAACUUGAUGGAUGAACAAUCUGUAGGAAGAUCAAUCAUGUGCCAGUUGGAUAAGUUGGGCCAAGGUCUUCUCCGUUGUUGUCUUGAUAGUGUCGAGCCAUCAGGUUGCUGGUCUUCCUCUUCUUCUUGUUCCUUCGAUGCGUCCCAUCAUAACGUCCUUCUCCAGUGAAUGAUCUGUUCGUACAAAAGUAGGCAAGUCGUAGUUUGAUUAUCCUUGCUUCGAGAGACAUGUUUGAUUUGCUCCAAUAUAGAUUUGUUUAUCCGUCUGGCUGUCCAUGGUAUCGACAGGAUUCGUUUCCAGCACCACAUUUCGAAGGCAUCGAUUUACAAUAACAAUAACAUAUGCAUGCAUAUUACUGUCUGAUUAAAAUAUAUAACAUACUGUAUAUUGAAAAGCUUUUCUUGACGUCAUCAUGGUGAAAAUACACUGAUUGCUCGGGUAGGAGCGUGGCUAGGGUGUGGGCUCCUGAAUGUGAUGAUCUAUAGGAUACACUUAGCCAGAAAGAUCGU